UAAUAGACAUUCCAUAGCAGUAUUGUAGAGCAAUACUACACUUCCAGUCCAGUACUACUACUCUACCAUUCCACCACUCCCUACCACUGUAUCACUACCAUAGUAACCAUGUUGGUCUACCCAGUCCUAGUGGUAGCCCUGGGUGCCCUAUGGCCACUGGACUGGAGACAUACCAGACUGGACUCACUGAGCCCAGUGACUGGCCACUACCACGGUACUACAUGGGCCAUGGCAGAGACGGUGACUCAAGGUGAUGAUCCGGAGGAAGUAGUGGUAGUGGAAGCUAACAGUAGUGAUGAAGUGGCAAAGAACAAGGAGAGUCCAAAGGGGUGGAAACAGAAACUAAAAGAAUGGGCUAUAGAGUAUGCUAUACUAGACGAAAAUGGACAUUUUGAAUGGAAUGCGUAUGUAGUUUUAUUUGGGCUGAUGUUCAUAAUGGCAACAAUGACGUUAGGGGUGCCAGCGGCGAUUGUUAUCAUCAUAAUAUAUUUCAUAGGACGUCUGUUUUUCAAGUUAUUUAACCCUAAAUCUUGGUCAGGGUGGUGUGGAGGUGCUACAAAGAAUAUGAACGGGACAAAGCUGGAUUAAUGAACAGCAUUUAGGGUGUAUUGUUAAAUAUGUGCAGUACAAACGACAUAUAUUUAAUAUGCUAGAGUC